AUGGGAUUUCGACGAAAAGAGUGGGUUAGGCUGGCAAAUGGAGCUGUGCCAUCGGUGCAUGCAAGUCCACCUGCAAAAUCUGGCGGGAGUGAAGAGUCUAACGUUAAUAUUAGCACUAGCAGAGAAUCUGCGCGUCGAAAACGGGAGCUUUGCACAAUUGUGGGAGAGAGUGCUGCCAGCAAAGACGGGGCGGGUGCAACUGCCACUUCAGAUCCUGAUGGAGAUGGAGACAUCUCUACAAUGGACCCUGAGCCAGAACUGGUCCAUCGUGGAUCACAGUGCAACAUAAGAUGUUUACAUCGUUCAUUAGGUGUUCAGGUAAAGCCUCAGAUGGUGGAUGUGGGGACUCAAACCGAAAGGGUUGAGCAUCGCAGAUCAACUCCACUGGCCAGUCCUGAACAAAGUGAUGAUGAAUGGUCAUUUUCUGAUAUUGUCAACCAUUCUGGUGAUAUGUCAUGGAGUCCAGGGGAGGAGAUGUUGAGAGAGUCCUCUCAGGAGGAACCAGAAGAGCUGGAAUCUCUCAGUGACCCAAAUGCUGUUGACAAGUUCAUUGUUUGCCAGAGGCAGUUGCUGUCCUUGUUCACAGUUUGCCCUGCAUGCUGUGGGGAAACCCAGGGACGCAUAAUGCACCCGGAAGGAACUUUCAUAAAAGUCAAGCAGGCCUGCGGAACUUGUGGCUAUGAGCGUUACUGGCAAAACCAAGAGAAGGUGCAUCGAAACAUGCCUGCCUGCAACCUUUUACUCAGCGGUGCCAUCCACUUCUCAGGUUGCAUGGCUACUCAGACAAUCAGGAUGCUGAAGCUGUUUGGACUGCAGUGCAUAAGUCCCGGCACUUUUUUCCGCCAUCAUCGCUAUUACACUAUCCCUACCAUCGUGCAGGCCUGGAGGAAUGAGCAGAGUGGGAUCAUCAGGGAGUUGAAGGAGACUGGGGGUGGAUUGAUCCUGUCUGGUGACUGCAGAUCAGAUUCUCCUGGACACUGUGCCAAGUAUGGUAGCUACUCCUUGAUUGAGGAUCGAAUUAACAAAGUUUUGGAUGUUCAGCUUGUCCAAAGCUCAGAAGUCCCAAGCAGCUCUUGGUGUGAGCUAGAGGGUCUAAAGCGGAGUAUGCAGUUCCUGAUGGACCAAGACAUGCAAGUGUCUGCUCUGAUAACAGACAGAAAUCGGCAGGUGGCCAAGUGGGUACGUGAGAAAAUGUGUUCAGAAGGAACAAAGCAUUUCUUUGACGUCUGGCAUAUUGGGAAAAGUGUACAGAAAGCACUGGAUGCUGCUGCAAAAGAGAGGGACUGUGAGGAUCUGAAGCUGUGGAGGCCUGCCAUUAUCAACCAUCUCUAUUGGACCGCAGCUUCCACCCCUACAGGAGAUCCAGAUGAGAUGCAGGCAAAAUGGCAGACUCUCUAG